GUGACAGCAAGUUCUUUGCUGCAGACAACCAGUUUCUCAUGGCUUCUGAAGACACAACCACAAAGGCCAAUCCCAAGACGACAGGGGGAGCGAGGGAAGCUUUGAAAUCAGGCGACCCAGACUCUCCAUAUUACUUGCACCCAAGUGAUGAUCCUGGAAGGAUUUUGGUAACAUCCCCUUUGAUAGGGGAGAAUUAUCACACAUGGAAGAGAGCACUACAAAACGCUCUUUAUGCAAAGAACAAGAUGGGCUCCAUUGAUGGGACAUUGAGAAGGCCAGAAAUAGACUCACCAAAUUAUGCAUCAUGGAAGAAGUGUAACUCAAUGGUACUGUCUUGGAUUCUAAACACAAUUUCAAAAGAACUGCAUGAUAGUGUUGCUUAUGUUGACAGUGCAAGAAAGGUUUGGAAUGAUCUGCAAGAGAGAUUUUCUCAAGGAAACACCACAAGAGUGCAUGAAUUAAAGCUUGAACUAGCCACCAUGGUUCAACAAGACAGAUCAGUUGCUGCAUACUUCACCAAAUUGAAACCAAUUUGGGACGAAUUACAUGCAUAUGAACCUACUCCAGUAUGUGUAUGUGGGUGUACCUAUGGGGUAGCGAAGGAGUACACAAAGGCACGUGAGACAGAGAAGGUUCAUCAGUUUUUAAUGGGUUUGAAUGAUAACUUUUCGACUAUACGCUCACAAAUCCUAAAUUUGGAACCAUUACCUUCUUUAAACAAGGUAUAUGCAAUGGCAACCAAGGAGGAAAGGCAACAAGCUAUAACAGCUUCAAGAGGACCAGUAAUUGAAGACACUGCCUUAGUGGCAAGGUCAAGUAUGAGUGGAAGAUUAAACAAUCCCGGAAAGGCAUGGUGUGAUCAUUGCAAGAAAGUUGGCCAUACCAAAGACCGAUGCUAUAAGAUUAUUGGGUACCCCUCAAGUUGGAAGACUGGAGGCACAAAGACAAAAGGCAAGGGUGAUGGACAGAGAAGUCAGAGUCAUGGAAGGGAAUUAAUCUUUGCAGCUAAAGCAAACCAUGAUCCAACAAGAACAGAUGGCAAUCAAAAUCAGUCUCCUCUUGCCGGACUGACCAAGGAACAGUAUGAUCAAUUACUCACACUUCUCGGUGGUAAUUCCAUCACUAAUCAUUCGACAAACAUGGUUGGUAAGAUGCAAAUCUCAUCUUUUCCUUGGAUUAUUGAUAGUGGCGCCUCAGACCACAUGACCCCAAAUCUUUCCAGGCUUAUUGAAACCAUACCUUAUUUUGCACCAGUCCACAUACCUGAUGGAACCUCCUUACAUGUCUCUCAUAUAGGAAAAGCAAAACUAGCCCAAGACCUCACCUUAGACAAUGACCUAACCUCGAGGAAGUUGAUUGGAAUGGGUAAACUGCAUGAGGGAAUCUACUAUUGUGAAUUUGGGCAUGUUGCAGCUGCUAGUCGAGUAAAGCCGAAGGAGACUGCGUCGUUUGAAUUGUGGCAUAAGAGGCUUGUAUCCAAGGAUUUCACACAAGCUGUAGCACCAUAUCCAAAUGCUGUAGGAUUAAUCUUUGAAGAACCUACACAACCCAUUGAAACCUUGCCAUCUAUUGAACUCGUGUCACUUACUCAAGAUGAGCAAACCAUCACAACCAACCAAUCCAUUGAAACCUCUGUGCAAAAUAUGGGACCUGAAGUACCGCAGUCUACUAGGCCACAACGCCAACGACAUGCUCCUAAACGCUUUCAAGACAACGUCUGUGACAUGCCGCCAUCUAUCGACUCUCAACAUAUCCCAUUUCACUCAGCUAACUCAGGUAUUCUCUACCCUUUUUCACACCAUUUAUCUUAUGAUUCAUUUUCUCGUAAACACUCAACCUAUCUUGCGGCCAUCACUUCUAUAGAUGAGCCUAAGUCAUUUUACCAGGCCAUUAAGAAUGAGAAGUGGAGAGAAGCAAUGAGGAAAGAAAUUACUGCCCUUGAGCAGAAUGGAACUUGGACUCUUGAGCAAUUGCCUGCAGGGAAGAAGGUCAUCGACUUUAAGUGGGUCUACAAAAUUAAAUACAAGCCAGAUGGGACAGUGGAGCGGUAUAAGGCAAGACUGGUGGCUAAGGGAUUUACCCAAGUAGAGGGUCUUGAUUAUCAUGAGACUUAUGCUCCAGUUGCAAAACUGGUCACUAUAAGGCUCCUCCUUGCAAUAGCAGCUAUUAAGCAUUGGGAACUCCAUCAAUUAGAUGUGAAGAAUGCAUUUUUACAAGGUGACUUACAUGAGGAAGUUUAUAUGAAGAUUCCCCAAGGAUUUACCUGGAACGAUACUGCAAGAAUUCAGGCCUUGAAACAAUAUCUGCACACAAGGUUUUCAAUUAAAGACCUUGGACCUCUCAAAUAUUUUCUUGGAAUUGAGGUGAUUCGUACAAGAGAGGGAAUUGUACUAAGCCAGCGUAAAUAUGCUCUUGACAUUCUUCAUGAAAUUGGUGUUAUUGGAGCUCGCCCAAGCCACUCUCCAAUGGAGCAAAAUCAUCACUUGUCCUCUGCCACUAGACCGCUUCACACGGAUCCAGCCCAAUAUAGGAGGUUAAUUGGGCGACUACUCUACUUGACAAUCACCAGACCAGAUAUAUGUUACUCGGUUGGAUUGCUCACACAGUUUAUGCAAAACCCGCGACAAGAGCACCAUGAAGCUGCUAUGAGAGUGCUACGCUACAUUAAAGGUUCACCGGGACAAGGAAUUUUGCUACCUUCAGUAGGUCCGUUAACUCUCACAACUUAUUGUGAUGCGGAUUGGGCAGGAUGUCCGAUCACUCGGCGGUCCACAACAGGGUACUUUAUUUCUUUGGGCAACUCUCCUAUUUCAUGGAAAUCAAAUAAGCAAGCAAUAGUCUCCAGGUCCUCUGCCGAAGCUGAAUACAGGGCAAUGGCAAUGACACUUAGUGAGUUGAUUUGGCUAAAGUCAUUGCUCUCUGAUCUGUGUAUUCCACAUGAACAACCUAUGACUCUUUAUUGUGAUAACCAAGCUGCCAUCCACAUAGCUAAUAAUCCGGUGUUUCACGAAAGGACAAAGCAUAUUGAAAUAGAUUGCCACUUCAUUCGAGAAAGACUUCAAGCAGGGGAGCUUGUUACCAGACAUGUAAUGUCCAAACAGCAACCCACAGAUAUAUUUACCAAAGCCUUGGGUCGUGAACAUUUUGCCUCAUUACUAUCCAAGUUGGGCAUUCGAGAUGUUCAUGCUCCAACUUGAGGGGGAGUAUAAGGCGGUGAUUAUGGAUGGAAUGGUCAAAAGAAUAUUUUGUAUUGAUUAGCAUUGUACAGUUUCUGUAUUUCCUUUUAUUUCCUUUUCUGGUAGCAGACCCCAGUUGUAUACAGGUGUAAUGCUGCUUAUAAUGAAAUAUUGAUUCCAGA